GAAAAAAUGGAUGGUCCAAUCAGAAAAGUGGAAGCGAGGGAUGGAUAUGAGCACGUAGUUGGUGUGGCUCCAAAUAAACCACGGCGAGAAUAAGAAUGCAUAGUUAGUUAACACUCACUCACUCUGUGUCUUCCAAAUUGUGGUGAGUCCUAAUGGAAAUGUGUGGAGCGACUGCUUUGACAUGGUCUCACACAAUCUCUCCGUCGCUUCAUCUUCCUCGAUCUCUCUCUACCAGAGAGACCAGGAGCUUUAGGGUUUGGUGCGUCACCAAUCAAGAUCCCAAGGGAAGUAAAAUGAUCAUAUCUGUAACCGGAGCAACGGGUUUUAUUGGUAGAAGGUUGGUGCAAAGACUGCAUGCAGACAAUCACAGUGUUCACGUCUUGACGCGAUCUAAAUCUAAAGCAGAAACAAUUUUUCCGGCAAAAGAUUUUCCAGGAAUCAAAAUUGCACAAGAGCCAGAAUGGAAAGAUAGCAUUCAGGGCUCAACGGGGGUUGUGAAUUUGGCUGGACUGCCCAUAAGUACCCGAUGGUCUCCUGAGAUAAAGAAGGAAAUCAAGCAGAGCAGGAUUAGAGUGACUUCAAAGGUUGUAGAAUUGAUAAACAGUGCACCAGAUGAAAUUCGACCUAAAGUUCUAGUUAGUGCAACAGCUGUUGGUUAUUAUGGUACCAAUGAGACACAAGUCUUUGAUGAACAAAGUCCAUCAGGAAAUGAUUAUUUGGCCGAGGUUUGUAGGGAGUGGGAAUCAACAGCCCUAAAGGUAAACGGAGAUGUUAGACUGACUCUAAUUCGCAUUGGUGUUGUUCUUGGUAAAGAUGGUGGAGCACUAGCUAAAAUGAUACCUCUCUUCAAUUUGUUUGCUGGUGGACCUCUCGGUUCUGGAAAACAAUGGUUCUCUUGGAUUCACUUGGAUGACAUUGUCAAUUUGAUAUAUGAAGCGCUAUCAAAUCCAUCUUACAAAGGUGUUAUCAAUGGAACUGCACCGAAUCCUGUGCGAUUGGCAGAAUUGUGUGAUCAGCUGGGACAUGUAUUGGCUCGUCCCUCAUGGCUGCCGGUACCGGAUUUUGCACUCAAGGCUGUCCUUGGAGAAGGUGCUUCUGUGGUUUUAGAAGGGCAGAAAGUGCUUCCUACUCAAGCUAAGAAGUUGGGUUUCACCUUCAAAUAUUCUUACGUCAAGGAUGCCCUUAAAGCAAUUCUUUCUUGAAGCAAUUUUUCCCUCGUAACUGCCAUAUUCUUUAUUCUUUCUAAUCAUGCAUGCAUGCAUGCAUCAUCAUCAUCAUCAUCAUCAUCAACCUUUUAAGGACUUUAGCAGUUGCCAUUCACCGUAUUGAGAUUUUGGAAAGCGGUAUACGUUUGAAAAUGUGGUUGUGCUUGCAUUGUAGUCAAUAUUAUUUUUUGGUAAUGUAUCAGAACAUGUACUACAGCACAUUUCAUUGCAUUUUCUCUACAAAUUGUUAACA